AUGACUGCUAGUUUCCAGGUGAUUGCAGGCAUUGGCAUAGGCAAAAUAUUCAGCCUCCCACCAAUUCCAAUGCAAGCCAGUACUGCAUCCGAUGACCAAGGUCUCGCAAUGGGAAUUAUGGUCGCAUUCAGGCUAUUUGGUGCUCUUAUUGGUCUUGCAGUUGGUGCCACUACAUUCAGCAGUAUCUUCGCAAAAAGGAUUAACGGCAUCGCAUUGCCUGCUUCUUUGGCAUUGUUGGAAGAUCCAUGUGAGGCCGUGAGCUUUAUUCCCUAUCUACAAACCGCCGAUAUCUCCCCUGCUCAGCGCGACCUCAUUGAAGAGGCAUACAAGGACACCAUGCAGACAAUCUGGUAUGAACUGAUACCGUUUGGAGCGUAA